AUGGACAUUUUUUUCCUUCCCGACCGUCCAUCUACUUCAGCACACCGCCGGCGUCAUUUCGCACACAACACGCAACCGCCAUCGGGUCGCGCCGCAGUUCGCCGCUUCAUAACAUCGUCAUCUUCAGCAGACACGACUCCUCGUCUUCGUCCGCCGCCGGCUUGCCGCCUCGUCUCUGUCAGUCGGCUCGAUGCCUCAACUCUGUCCACCACCGUCCGUCACCGCAUCGCAACGCCGUCGUCCACCGCCGCGUCGCUUCUGUUCCGUCAGCCGUCGUGUCGCCUCACUGCCGCGUCGCUUCGGUUUCGUCAAUCGUCAGCCGCGUGUCGCCUCACUGCCGCGUUGCUUCGGUUUCGUCAACCGUCAGUCGCCGUGUUGCCUCGCCUCCGUCAGCUGCUGCCUUUGUUUCCAUCUUCAUGA